AGCCCCAGCACAGCGCGGAGCAGAGAGGGAGCGCGUCCCCACGGGCCGGGCCCAGGCGGGAGGAUGGGGGCACCGAGGCCGGUGCCCUGCGGCUACGGAGGGCCGCGACCGUCACCCCGGGAACCACUCCUAUGGGCAGGCAUGGCACUGACCGCUCCCUUCCUGUCCAGAGCUGCUCCUGGACGACAGCUGUGCGGAGGACCAGGACGGGGAGCUGGAUGGGCUGUGGACCACCAUCUCUAUCUUCAUCACGCUCUUCCUGCUCAGCGUGUGCUACAGCGCCACUGUCACCCUCUUCAAGGUGAAGUGGAUCUUCUCCUCGGUGGUGGAGCUGAAGCGCACGAUCGCGCCCGACUACAGGAACAUGAUCGGGCAGGGGGCCUAGGGCCAGCCGUCCUGGGCGGGUGUCAGCGCUGCCCCAGACCCUGCGCAGGAUCCCGGUGCAUCAGCCUGCUGCCAGGCCUGCUCUCCCGCCCUCUGACCUCGCCACCCUCUGACCUCACAGCCACCCUGGGCCUGCGCCCUCGCCCUCUGGCCUCGCGGCCCCUGAGAGCUGCAUCCUGCGCCCUGAACCCCCAUUUGGAGAAUCGCGUGGACGGCAGGUUGUGCCCCAACCUGAGCUGGUGGAAGCCCGCUGGCUGCUCCACGGCGGCCGCCAGGCUACUGCUGUGGCCGCGCACGGUCAGCGGGCACGCUCAUCCUGGAGGAGGCGGGCGGCUGGCGAUCCCAGUGUCUGUCUGGCAGGGACCGGCCCCUGUGCGAACCCCAUCCAGGCCAGGCUCCAAGACUCAGGGUUUCCCCAGAGCAGCCACGUCGGCCCAGAUCCUGAGGAAGCUUCCGACGUGUCACUAACGGUCAGUCAGAUCUUCUGCUCCAGAGGAGACUGUGCAGACAAGGGCCUGGGCCUGUGGCUGCUGCAGGAGCCCCGUGGAUGCCGGGGACAGAGUGACAUCCAGCCAGACAGGCCUCCUGCAGAGGGGUCUGGUGACCUGGUCCCCGGGCCAGUGGGACACAGCCUCGGUGGACACAGGUGGCAGGUGGCAGGAGGCCAGGGCGGCAGGCCCAGCCCGCCCCACCCUGUGGCCGGGGCCUGAGUCCCAACAGGCUCACGCGGGGGGUGGGAGAGAGAGAUAAGCCCACGGCCGGGCGGACCCCCAGGACUGGCUCUCCGCCCUGUCUUUGGGUGGGUGCCAAGUCGGGGCCCCCACAUGGGAAGAGAUGGCCACGCAGGGGAGGAGAAGCAGAGCCCCCAGCCCCAGGGACAGACGCCCGGGGCUCCCACACAUGGGAAAGCCACUGCUGAAGCUUGGCUAGCUUGUUUUAUUCUUUUUAAAUGUCUGGAGCUCCUUGAUUUCCAUUUGCAUUUCUUUCUUUCUUUUUUUUUUCUUAUUUUUUUUUUUUUCUUUUUUAAUGACAAUAAAAUAUCCUUAAAAACUC